UCGUGAUUUGCUUCUGAAUUGAUCACUGCAACUUGACAAGAGAGAAAGAAGCAAACUUUCAGAUCCAUUCCAUCAAUUUAGGGUUUCAAUUCCAUUUCUCAAAAGGCGUACUUAGCAAUGGACUCUUACACGAUCCAGAUGAAUGGCAAUCGUGAUCUUUCCACAGUCCUGGAUGUCCACGUAAACAUCAAUGGAAGAAAUACAGUCUUAGGAAAAAUGAAAGGCAAGAAGGCUAGAUGGGCAGUGAGGGCCUCUGACAUGUCCAAGAAAACUUUCAAUCCCAUCAGAGCCAUUGUAGAUAGCAUGAAAGUGGAACCAAAUCCCAAUAAAACCAUGAUCUCUUUGUCAAUAGGAGAUCCAACUGUAUUUGGAAACCUCCCUACUGAUUCUGAAGUUACUCAGGCCAUGAAGGAUGCCUUAGACUCGGGAAAGUAUAAUGGUUAUGCUCCAUCAAUUGGCUAUCUGGCUAGCCGGGAGGAAAUCGCCUCCUAUUACCACUGUCCAGAGGCCCCCCUGGAGGCAAAGGAUGUCAUUCUGACAAGCGGCUGUAGCCAGGCCAUUGAACUUGCCUUAGCUGUGUUGGCCAAUCCAGGACAGAACAUCCUGAUUCCCAGACCUGGCUUCUCUCUCUAUAAGACUCUGGCUGAAUCCAUGGGGAUUGAGGUCAAACUUUAUAACUUGUUGCCAGAAAAGUCUUGGGAAAUUGACCUGAAGCAUUUGGAAUCAUUGAUUGAUGAGAAAACAGCGUGUCUUAUUGUCAACAACCCAUCAAACCCCUGUGGUUCAGUGUUCAGCAAAAGCCAUCUCCAGAAAAUCCUGUCUGUGGCUGCAAGACAGUGUGUUCCCAUCUUGGCUGAUGAGAUCUAUGGAGACAUGGUGUUUUCAGAUUGUAAAUAUGAGCCCUUGGCCUCCCUCAGCACCAAUGUGCCCAUCUUAUCCUGUGGCGGGCUAGCUAAGCGUUGGUUGGUACCAGGCUGGAGACUGGGCUGGAUUCUGAUCCAUGACAGAAGGGACAUCUUUGGUAAUGAGAUACGAGAUGGGCUGGUGAAGCUGACUCAGAGGAUCCUGGGACCUUGUACCAUUGUCCAGGGAGCACUGAAAAGCAUCAUGAGAAGAACGCCUCAAGAAUUCUACCACAAUACCCUCAGCUUUCUCAAGUCAAAUGCUGACCUUUGCUAUGGAGCCUUGGCUGCUAUUCCUGGACUUCGGCCCAUCCAGCCUUCUGGGGCCAUGUACCUCAUGGUUGGAAUUGAGAUGGAACAUUUCCCAGAAUUUGAAAAUGAUGUCGAAUUCAGUGAGAGGUUAAUUACAGAGCAAUCUGUUGUCUGUCUCCCAGGAAAGUGCUUUGAAUACCCCAAUUUUUUCCGAGUGGUUAUCACAGUCCCUAAAGUGAUGAUGUUGGAGGCCUGCAGCCGGAUCCAAGAGUUCUGUGAGAAGCACUACCAAAGUGUUGAAGGAGCCCAGGAAGAGUGUGACAAAUAGGCCCAUCUUCCUUGCCCCAUACAGUGUGUACCUUCUGGGGCCAGGCUGGGCAGUGCCCUUCUGUUGCCCAUGGAAUUGGAUGCCCUCUACUGGGAGAGGGGCCACAACAAAAGCAUCCCACCUCCACCCCAACUCUUUAGAACUUUUGUUGUUUCCUAGUGCCAACUGAAAACACUCUGCCUCCAUAAAUUCUGCUAAAGUUGUAGUAAUGUGAUUCACUCCCCUAGUUUUUAGUCUCUCCCCACCAUUAGAUUCCCUUCUUUUUUACUCUGUGUAACACACUAGUAAAGAUCUAACCCAGUUAAUAGAAUCUCUGGCUUACCAAGAAAGCACCAUACAAAAAGGGAGAAAAAGAAGAGCAAAGAAAUCAUUCAGUCAAACGAGAAUCAGUAAAUAAACAUUUAUUAAGCACCUACUAUAUACCAGGCACUAUGCUAAGCUUUGGGGAUACAAAAAGAGGCAAAAGAAAAUUCUUGUUCUCAAGGAGCUUCCAAUCUAAUGGGAAAGAAGGAUGGAAACAGAAGGUCAAAGGAACUUUUGUCCCUCUCAUGUUCUCACACUGUGGACCCUACAUACUCAAAUUAGUUCUAGAUCCGAAUUCAGUUACCACCUCACUGACUCUAGAUGUACCUCACAUUAUGCAAUAGAUGUUACUGAAAAAAAUUGGAUUUGGAUCAAAUUUUUGGCGAUUGUAUUUUCAAUGUAUUUGUGGAGUUAGCUUUUUAAAGCAGCCAUGAGAGGAAUCAUUUUUAUAACAUGAAGAGUUCUUUUGUAAUGCAAAUAAUAACUCUCUAAUUUAUCUGCUUUGUGUCUAUAUUUUUAUAUAUUGGAUUUUCUUAAAGUGGGGGGGAGUAAACUUUUAUGCCAGAAAAGACCUUUCGAGGAGUUAUUGUGCCAUUCUGGUCUGGUCUGACCUGUCAUGGAAUCACUUUUAGUGUAACUCUCAUGUUGAUUUAUUAUAUUAUAUAUUAUAUUAUCUUUUAAUAUAUUAGGUAAAGAGCAUUUAUACUGACCAAACCAUUUGUUUUGCAAAGGAUAUAAAUUAUUGGUUUUUUUAAAAUAAAUUUUACAAAGUCUA